AUGCCAGUUAUUCCAUCAACAUUAGGAUAUCGUGUGUCUAAUAUUACUAAAGAAACUCCACGAUCAAGACCUACACGACGUGCUCCAACUUCUAAAUCAUUAAGAGUUUCCAGUAAUAAUCACCAAACAAGCCCAUCACUACGUGCCAAAAAGCCUGCUCAUAAAAUGACAACAAACGAUAAUCUUCUUUUACCACCACGUCCACCCGAUCCAACAUUAUUUAUUCAUGCUGGUACGUCAGGUGUUCGUCAUCUAUUUCCUAUUCAUUUAACUGAUUCCGAUGGUAAUAUGAAUGUAUUUCCUCGUUCAAUAUCUCGUUUACGUUCACGUACACCAACAACAAAAUUAUGUUCAAAUAUUGAAAUGAUUCGUAAUAUUUGUUUAUCAAUUCAAACAUUAGAACAUUUUGAUAUAAGUGAAAAUGAUCUUGAUGAUUUACCAUUCGAAAUUUGUUUACUUAUUCAUCUUCAAACAUUAAAUUGUUCAUAUAAUCAAUUAACGAAUAUAUCUGAUUUAUUUGAAAAAUUAAUACAAUUAAAAGAACUUGAUUUAUCACAUAAUCAUUUGAAAUAUUUACCAACUGUUGUCUAUAAAUUUAAAAAUCUUAUACGAUUAAAUUGUGAACAUAAUUUCAUUAAAAUAAUCGAUAAAGAUUUAUUAAACUUAAAAUAUUUACAAACACUUAUUUUUGAUCAUAAUGAUAUACAAACAUUUGAUAAUACAAUUGAUUUUAGUCAAAUGAAAAAACUUGAAUAUAUUCAUAUGAGUUAUAAUCAAUUAAAACAAUUUCCAUAUAAUCUUCAGAAAUUAUUGUAUUUAAAAAAUGUUAAUCUAUCACAUAAUAAUCUAACAACAUUUCCUAUUGAAUUAUUAUUGAUUAAUAAUCUUGAUGUAUUAAAUUUGAGUCAUAAUUUAAUGAUUAAUUUACCACCAUUAACAGAUGCUUAUAAACGAACGACACUUAUUUUUUCGAUUGAUUUAUCAUUUAAUCAAUUAACAAAAUUUUAUGAUUAUCUUCUUUUUAUUUCGUUAAAACUUGAUUUAUCAAAUAAUAAAAUUCAUACAAUUUCAAAUGAUAUUAUAAGAAAAAUAAAUAAAGAUGUAAUUACAAAUCGGGAAUUAAAAAUGAGUAAUAAUCCAUUAGUACAACCAAUGAUACCAUCGGAUAUACUUAAUGAAGAUAAUAUUAAUACAACUAAUAUCCUUCCAGUACUUCGUCAUUGUCUGGAUGAACAACAAUCGAAUGAAAUUAUUCGACAAGGUUUUAAAAUAUGUAUUACUGGUUGUAAGAAAAGUGGAAAAUCAUCAUUAGCAUAUUGUUUAGAAGAAUGUAUGCCAUGUUUAGCUAUUGAUAAAGCUGAAAGACUUGUAAAUAUUUCACAAUUUCCAUUUUGUUUCGAAACUCAUAAUCAACGUUUAUCUUCGAUAGCGAAACCAGUAAUACAUUCAUCAAAAACAAAACAAUUACAUUCUGAAGUAGAUAUAUCAAAGCGAAAAAGACUUUCAAAUCUAUCACCAAGUCAGUCGUCAAUACCAUUAGAAUCAAUUAAAUCUCUUCCAUUAACUAUAUUUGAUUUUAAUGGAACGUCGAAAUACUAUGAAUACAUGUCUUCAUUCAUUGAUACAAAUGCUCUUCAUCUUGUUUGCAUUCAUAUAGUAGAUUUUUAUCAAACAACUCCCGUUGAUAUUAAAGAAGUAUUUAAUGAAACAUUUGAUAUAACAUCAUAUCCAAUUCUUAGAGAAUUAUUUCAAAUAUUACAACUUCUUUUUGAAAAAGUAACAAAAACAAAUGGAAUUGUAAUUAUACCUAUUGCUACACAUAUUGAUCUAUAUGAUAAACAAUCAAAAGAAGACAUAACUCAAGCAUUAGAUAAAAUCAAUAAAUUCUUCAAAUAUUAUCUUCAAUUUCGUAUUAAUCGAAUAAAAACUGAAAUUGAACGAAUGAAUUCUUUAUCAACAAUUUCAUCAUCUGUUUCUUAUCGUCUUAAAACGUAUACUUCCUUAUUAAAUACUAAUAUACAAAUUGAACCUUGUCAACCAAUUAGUUCAUUAAUCUAUGAAGGUUUUCAUGAACUUAAUCAAAAAAUUCAAUAUUGUAUUUCGACACAUAAAACAAUUUUUCCUCAUAUUGAUCGAAUUUUACCAACACUUUGGAUUGAUACAAAUCGAUAUAUUGAAUCUUUAGCUGAUCAAUUAUCAAUUCCAUAUCUUUCAUGGGAAAAUUUUACUAAUCAUAUUAUUAAUAAAAAUGGUCUUUCACAUUUAAUCAAUGAUAUAACUAUGUCAUUAUCUGAUGAAGGAAAAAUUUUAGUUUUAAAUGAAAUUGGUACUACAAAUCGUAUAGUUUUUCUUCGACCAUUAUGGUUAGGAGAUCUUCUAUUUUCUUUAUUUCAUAUUGAUAAUCCUUCUGAAUUGAAAUAUCAAUCAUAUAUUAAAGAAUAUCAUAAAUAUGGUCGUUUACAUUCUGAUCUUGUUCGUUUAUUAUGGAUAAAUUUAUUACAUAAAAAAGAAUAUUUCUAUCAAUUAUGGUUUAAUUUAAUGCGAUUUUUAUUAAUUGCAUAUCCAAAAAUAAAUAAAAAACAAUUGAACAAUUUUUAUACUAUAGAAGAAAAAAAUAAUAUUAAAUUUGAUUAUGCUAUUGUGCCGUAUUAUUUACCAUUAAUUAAUUCCAAUGAACAAGAAGAUAAAAAACAAAUUUUUCAAAAACAAUUAACAAAUAUUGUUAGUAUACGUUAUACAAGUUCAAUGUUACCAUUAGGAUUUUUUCAUCAAUAUUCUGUUUCAGCUAUUUUAAAAUUAGAUAUUAUUUAUAUAGAACAUUGGAAUAAUUUUAUUCUAGGUGAAUAUGAACAAGAUCAUGUGAAAUUUAUUCUCGAAACUGAUCAUCGUACAUAUAUAAAUUGUUAUUGUGGAGCAAAUAUAACGAAUCAACCAUUUGAACAUAUUUGGAAUGUACUUAUGAUAAUUCUUAAUCAUUUCGAAGAAAUGUUCAAAGUUUUAGCUCCUAAUAAUCAAUUUAAUCGUCAUGUCCGUUGUCCAUAUUGUAAUGAAUAUUCAUUUAUGGGUGAAUGGACAACACCCAAGGAACUUCAAGGUCUUAAAUUGAAAAUAUGUUCAUCAUGUUAUAAAAAUAUUGAUACAAAUUAUCUUAUACAACCUAAUGAAAAUAAACGACGAAAUGAAGAUCUACUAAGAAAAAUACAAGACCGGAAGGCUAAUAAUACGAAUAAAAAAUUCAAUACUACAACUCAAUUAUUAGUAACAUCAGUGUGA